ACUUUAUUAACAUGUGACAUGUCAUAAAAUCUGAAGUGUUUUGCUAUUUUUGUCACACUAGUCACAACUUUGAAUAGAUUGCGUGGUCAUAUGAAUAGAUAAAACCCAAAGAAGAUAAUUAUGGACAGAAGCAAGUAUUAAUUGAAACUAUAUUCGAUUGAAUGUGAUAGCAAGAUCUAUUGGCACUUUAUUUGGACUUAUUAACCCUACAAAAUGGCUCCUAAAAGAGAGGUACCUCCUGCAAUCAAGAAAAUACUUGAUAAAGAUGUUGAGAUUACUAAACACUUUUAUGUGCUUGCCAAUAAAAUCAUCCCAUUGGACAAAUGCAAAACCUAUUUUAAAGGAUUAGAGAUUUCCUGUCAUGGAAUUCCUUGGUUUGCAUUCUGGAUUUGUUUUACUUGGCUGUUCAAUGAUCCUUCAUUGAUUCAAAUGCAAAUAAACAUGCUGCUUGGUUUAACACUGGAUAUUUUAUUUGUUGCUUUUAUCAAGGCUUACACACGACGACGUCGUCCAGCUGCAAAUACUGAUGAUGCUUUGGGUCAAAUUGGUCCAGAUGUCUUCAGUUUUCCAUCAGGGCAUGCAAGUCGUGCAGUAUUUGUCACUUUCUUUUUCAUGUGGCUUCAUCCGUUGUCAUUGUUACUCCAGCCUUUCAUUAUUACUUGGUGUGCUGCUGUUUGUGUGAGCAGAGUACUCUUAAGGAGACAUCAUUUACUUGAUGUUGUGGCUGGAAUUGUACUGGGAAAUUUUAUUGGAUUGCUGCUGGGUGUGUUAUAUGUCAGCGACGAUACUGCAAAAUGGCUUAUGAAUAACUUAUCCGACGAGAAAUUGGAUGGAGGAGAUUUUCAUGUGUGAAGUAAGGAUAUUAAUUGUGUUAUUGAAAUGUUUUUUUGGGUUAUAACUAUUAUAAACGUAAUAUUUUAAAUGUA